CGGAAUAUGUCACACAACGGAACACCCAACUGAACGGUCACCAACGAUCUCAACGCUCGAUGCUUCAUUUUGUCAACCGCGCAUGAUAGCGAAGAAUGAUCAUUAGAAACGCGGUUGUGGAAUGAACAGGUCCUACAUUGUACCAUUUAGUUUGUAAGGCAGUGUUGCAGAGCAGAGUGUGCGCAUCUAAAUAGUCGAAAUGAUUGAAGUGAUAAAAGCGCAUUAUAAAAGACUUAUAUCCAACAUUACGAUCGAGCCGGUGAUAAUAUUUUUCCUAUUUGGGUAUGGUAUUCUCUUUACGGGGUUGAAGAACUUUGAGCUGGAGAAGGCAUGUGCAACUAAGACGGAUUAUGAUUUAGAGGUGUGUAAAUACUUUCCUCAGCUGGAAGGAACCAAUGCCUGUAAAGAUAAGAAUCAAUCAUCCGUGGUUCCAGAAUUAGUAAAUUACACCAUGGAUCAAGGAGAGUUUAGCCGCGUGGCUUGCUCUGCGAAAGACGAAGCCGGUGAUGCGUUGCUUGUACUGAAUUCGUACAGAAAUAUAAUAACUGGAGUUAUACAAGCUGUUGUAUUACUGUUUGCCGGUAGCUGGAGUGAUCGAGCUGGUUUAAGGAAACCUUGCAUAGUAAUCCCAAUAGCUGCGGACAUUGUCAGUCUGAUUGCGCUCAUCGUCUGUGCCAUCUUUAUGCGUGAAAUCCCCCUGGAGAUCACUGGAAUUCUACACCAGCUUAUUAGCCACCUCGGCGGAGGAGGUGCAAUGGUGCUGACUGGAAUUUACAGCUACCUAACGUUGGUGACCACCGAGUCAGAGCGAACAUUUCGAUUUGCUUGUACACAUGUGAUAAUGACCAUUGUUCCCAUUAUUGCUAACUUCUUCAGCGGAUUCAUAUUCAAAGCUCUUGGAUUUAUUAAAUUGUGUAUGCUGUGUACUGUAACACAUUCCAUUGCACUUUUAUAUGGCCUGUUAGUCCUGAAGGAACCAUCCAAGGUGGAUACUGUUGCUGAUUCAGGUGUCACACCCAAAGAGGACACCGUCCAAAACGAACCACCGAAAGUGUGGAAGCUUUUCGACUUGAGCCUUGUGACAGAUUGUAUCACAGUCCUCACGAAGAAGCGAAACUUCAACAUCCGCAAAUUACUGAUAUUGACGCUGGUGGUGUACUUCGUGAACUUUGGAGCAGCAGGAGACGUUAGUCCAUCCCAAAUCAUUGCACAGGUUAGGUUUAACUGGGCCACAAAUCUGGGCAUGUGGAAUGCAUAUGACCUGCUUACUACCCUGCUGGGGACCUUGCUGGCAAUAGGAGUGCUGGGUAAACGCUUCGGUGUCUCGGACCACCUCAUUUGCGUAUUUUCAGUCUGUUUCACUUUGGUAGCGAAACCAAUUAUGGCUUACGCAGCUACCGCAGGGAUCGGUACUCUAUUCUACGUAGCCACAUCAAUAGAUGUAUUCGAUGGAAGCAAAGUCGUAGCUAUUCUCAGUAUUGUUUCCAAAUUGGUUGAGCAGAACGAAAUUGCUAAAAUUAACUCGAUCAUGGGGAUCAUUUCAUCUAUUGAAUCCAUGAUUUAUCCAACAAUCUACAGUCUUGUGUACUUCAGUAGCAAAGAGGUCUUCAUUGGUGCCAUCUUUAUGUUAAGCGAAGCUUUUCUGCUGAUUUCACUAGGAUUCUACGUCUUAUUGUACAUCAUGUCGAGGAAACUCAACGGCAAAAAUGACAAUCAAGGAAGAGAAGGAGUGGAUAACUAUGCAAUGGAAGCGACUGCCAUGUGAUAACGAGAAGUGCAUUAUGCUUAUGAAAUAGUUAUAAAUGCCGCAAAAUAUUGAGAUACCAUUCAUAUUGGGUAAAUUAGAAAUCCUCAGCUGAAGGAGACGAUUUUUUGACAUUUACUGGAAUGAUAAUUAUCCGAAUGUUAACAAAAGGUACCUUUAUUCGACCGAAUCGGACGCAACAAUGUAGAAAGGCUCCAUGAGGAUGCAAGAGAAUGGAUGGUAAUGAUAUACUAAUUAUGGAAACUACGAUAUCCAGAGAAGGAAAUGUUCUCCUAAUUUACAGUCAACAAAUCAAAUAUGGUUCCCGGAGUCAGCCUUGUAAUUUUACCGAAGUCACUAUCUUUCUAAGUAGGGUCUGGGACCAUUUGGGCAGGGGGACCUAUUUUGGGUACUUUCUGCUAUAACUUAAUCAAUGUUUAACCGAUUGACUUGAUUUUUGGAAAACGAUCAGAUACGUUCAGUAGGUAUCUAGCUAUGAUAAAAAAUUCAACAUUUCCUGGAAAACCCUUGGUGCGGUCUCAAAUGCCCAAGAGCAA